AUGAACACCAGUGUCUUUUUCAACCCAGCGGACGCGUCGUCCCCGCGCGCCGGGGCAGGGGACCCGGAGAGGCCGCUCGCCAGGCUCGCCCCGGCCGGCCCCCAGCACAGUUACCCGUCCCGGGCGGGAGCUGCCGCCGCCGCCUGCUGCUCCUCGGCCGCCGCCGCCUCCGCUCGCAGCGCCGCCCGUUCCCGCCUCCUUCUUGGCGCCCGCCGGCCCCGCACGCCGCUGCCCCGGGCGCAGGAGGGCGUGUGGACCGCCGCGAAGAGAGCCGGGCAAGUCCACGAGCGCCGCGGGCCCGCUGGGCGCCGAGCGUCCGCGGGGUCAGCGCUGGGGGCGCCCAGGCCGGCCCGGCGCGACUGUCCCCGCGCCCGCCGCCGCAGGAGCCUCCGCGCGUAUCCGCGCUCGGCUCGGGCACCGGGCGAUUAUACUGGGGCGCGCGAACUGCGGGGCACGCGCGCCGCGCACACGCGCACACACGCACUGCGCGCCCGGCGCCUCCCGCGCACACUCCCCGCGUCCCGCCCCGCGCGCUCCUCCGCUCACACGGACGCCGCCCUCGAGCGCCCUCGACCGUGCCCGGCACCCUGCGGCCACACGUCUGCCCACGGAAACGCCUCCCCCCCCCCCCCCCCCCGCCCGCACUCCAACGCUCCUCCCACAGCCCACCAGCCGCAGCGCCUCUGGGCGCGCACCGGCACCCGCGAGAGCCAGGCCUUCCCGGCCCACACCCUGGCCGCACCGAAGACACACCUCUGCCCUCAGGCUUUCGCUGUAGGGCCAAGGAUCCAGGCUUUCCUAAGCGACACCACCUCAGGCCUCCCCCAUGGGCCUUUGUUCCCAAGCAGAUGGAGAGGGAGCCGCAGGCCCAGGCCGGGCCAGCAGGCCUCUGCCCCCCUCCCCUUCCCUCAGGCCAACCCAGCCCCUGUGCCAUCUGCCCUCAGAGCGGAGCCCACCGACCCUCCCACCUUGGGUGCACUGCCCUGCUUCCUUCCUUUCGGGCCAUCUCCAGCACUAAGGGAGCUACGGAGAGUACGGAGAGCCCACGGGGAAGGGGGUUGGGACCCCCAGCCCCCACCCCCUCCUCAGCCCACUGGAGCUCCCCUCACCCUUCGGUGCCGCUUCAGCCUCACCCUUGGAGCCGCGGUUCCUCGUCCUCUGCGGUGUCAAGAUGGCCCCGCUCUCUCGCCUGAGACAUGCAACGUCCCCCCCUCCCCCCCAACAUACUCACCUACCCCCCGCCCGACGUUCAGGAAGGCACCCAAAGCCCGUGGGGCUGGCAGCCAUCGCGGGACACAAGCUGGACACUCUCUCUGGUGGGGUGGAGGGCAGGGGACACUGGGCAGCUGGCACUCAUCUCUGUCAGAGACUGUUGCUCUCGGCCUCUGUCAGCCUCUGUCCACCAGGUGGAGGAUACCCCUCCUCACCCCAACGUGGGGAGACUUGCAACUGCAGGGGGUCCGCUGUCCAUGGUGUUGAAACCCGACUCUGAACCCCAGUUCGCUCUCCCGCCUUGCCUCUGGACUUUCCACCCCGUCCUCUCCCACGAAGGGUCCGGGUCCAGUCGGGGUGCGAUGGCAGACGCCUACCCGCCACCCUUGGCUUCCUGGAAAGGCCCAGGCCGGCUCUGGUUUCCAGCUCCCAGAAGCUUGUUUGCAUUCUAAGGUGCCGGGCGGGGGGGGGGGGCUCAGGUUUACAGACCCCAGAUCUUUCUUCAGAUCUCUCUCCUACCGGGCUGGCUCCACCUGGGCCCGGAAGGGUCAGCACCCCUCGCAGACUCACUCCCUUCCCUGGUGGAGCCCUGCCUCCCUCACCGUCAGCAGAUCUCUCCGCAGGCAGGGCAGAUGUGGGGGUGUCGCGCUCCUUCCCUUGGAUCAGACAAGCUUUGCGCAGCCUGAAGGCAUUUUAUUUCCUCUUGCUAUUUUGACAUUUCGAGUCCUGAGCACCGAGGCUGUGCGUUUCCAUUCCCAGUAACCAGCGGCCCAUCACCCUGGCCUUCCGGGAGGAAGGAUGGCCCUGGGUGUGGGGGUGGAGCUGACCCGUGGGUGUAGGCUGGAAAAGGGAGACGGUCCCCAGCCUCCGCCCAUCCGGUAGGGACCUUCCUGAUGGGCCUGGAGCCUCCCAAGGUUUCAUAAGAGUCAACUUACUGCUGCCAGGCCCCGGCGCGGGCCCAGCCUCCGCAUGCGGCGGCCUCGCUGCUCCCUGCACCUGCUCUCUGCCGAUGCCCACGCCGCAGUCUCUCUCCGGCACACGAGAUUUUGUGUUUGUGGAUUUAUUUGCGAGCUCCCCACCUCGGAGUGAAGGGUGCGGGGCGGUGCAGCCGGGUGGCUCAGGGCUCCGGGUUCCAGGCAGCCUCCUCCAUGCGCACAAAGGCCCCUCUCACCAUGGGCCGGCCGGCAACUUGGAGACAGGUCAGGUGUCUUCUUGGGGGCGGGACGUGGGCCGAGACCCCCUCCCCCUUCUCUCUCUGCAGCCUUCCGCGAAAGCCUGCGAAUGGCGUGGGAUUAAACAAACCCACAGAAACCGGUGACGAACCCCCCGCCCUCGCGGCUCCUGCUGUCUCGUCACCCGCCCCCGCCCCUCCUGGGCGCAAGGCUUGUCACUCCUCCAGAAAGGGGUGGGGCUGUGGCCACAUCUGGGAACAGCUGGCUCCGGGCUGCUUGACCUUCGCCCCCAUUCCCAGGUUGGGGAGGAGGGGGACAGGGGUCUGGCCACCCACAGCGGUAGGGAGAGGCAGUAGGCCAGUGGCGCUGGCAGUGUAGAUGAAGCCUGGUGAGGGGAGGCUGAGGCUUUCAGCCUCAGGGAGGAGGGGACAGUUUGCAAGGGACUACAAGCCCCAUCCCUGCUCUGGGUCCCCUGUAGCCACAAAAUGGUCCACAGCUUCCAGUGCUGGCUUGGGAGGCCCCCACCCACAGACCUGCCCUUGCAGCGAGGCCAGGAUCCCCUCCACCAGGCACCAGGAACCCCACACGUUUCCUCUGAGGGGAGCACCCCGGUCCUGUCCCUCCCCAGCCCUCCCACACCAGGACCAAGGCUCCCAGAGGCAGAGCAGGUGUCCUGAGGGAGGGGGAGGGAGGGG